CACUUUCAGACCUGUAAACACACUGGAGGCAGCUUUGAGGGACAACCUGAAGAACACAACUUCGGGGAAAACCUGUGUAAAGAAUAAAGACGCCUGUCACAGACUCAUGAUCAGUCCGUCUGUUUCUACGAGACGUUAGAAGUCGCCUGGUUGACAGCUUUCGUUUUUGAGCCACCGGAUAAACAGCUGAGGGGAGAUGGGACCUCGUACAGCAGUCACUCCGACCAAAGAUGUGAAAGCGGUGAAGGGUGGAGGAUGUGGAGGUCAGGGCAAAGCUCGGAUGAGGAGCUGCAGUGAUGGGAGCAGGUACAGCAGGAGAUCAGUCACAAUCUCCAGCACCUCCUCCUCAUACUCCUCCUCCUCCUCCUGCUCCCCGGUGCUCUCCAACCCCAAAUCAGUCCUGAAGAGACCUGUGAGCACGGAGGAGCUGCAAAGACCCGGAGGACCCUUCAUCAAGAAAACCUUUACGAUUGUGGGCGAUGCAGUGGGCUGGGGCUUCGUGGUCAGAGGAAACCGGCCGUGUCACAUCCAGGCCGUGGAGCCCUGCGGCCCGGCUGCUGCAGCAGGGAUGAAGGUUUGCCAGUUUGUGGUUUCAGUCAACGGCCUCAAUGUCCUGAACCUGGACUAUCGGACCGUCAGCCACCUGAUCCUGACCGGACCCCGGACCGUGGUCAUGGAGGUGAUGGAGGAGACUGAACACUGAGGAGGGAACCAGACGGACACUAAGUGGAGUCUGAGAGAAAACCUGGUUCUGCAUUUCAAUGAUCUGUGAAUGUGAGAAGAUGCAUCAAUGAACCUGGAGACGGAACCACAUGGAGAACGUUCUGCUCCUGUUCACCUGAUGGAGGCCGUUCAUUCACAGUUACAAUGGAACAAUGGAACAUCAGAUGAGCAGUAGGGGAACGCUUUGAACUCAAGAACCCUGACCCCUAAAACCAGAUCUGAACUCGUUUUAACCCUCAAACAUUCGUGGAAAGAUCUGAACCAGGAACCAAACAAACAUCUGACAAACUACGUGAUGGGAGUUUGAAGUUGACUUGACUCAGGCUCCAGUUACAACAUUUCUGCAGAACGUCAAGUAGCACUUUCUUUAAAUUGGAUAGAGGUACAGCUGUGUCAGCCAUAACAUUAUGACCACCUUCCUAAUACUGUGUAGGUCUCCUCUUUAGAGAAUGGACGUGGACCUUCUGAGGGUUCUACUAAAGAGCUGGUUUCAAGGUGCCCACAGACUUUGUGGCCUCUGUCAGCUCUUUGACACACAUCACUGCCUCAUCCACACAAACAGCUCCUCCUCCUCCUCCUCCUCUUCCUCCUCCUCCUCCUCCUCCUCUGUUUGCGUUUCCAUCCACUCCCGUCUGGUUCCCAGAAAGGAAGUGAGGAGUGCAGGGAGGUGUGCUGCAGAUCAGCUGAAGUGUUUUGUUUUGUCUUCUGGUUUCAUCGUGUCUCUGUGCAGGACCGUCCUGGAGAUUCUGUUCACUUAAGCCCAAUUAUCAUAGUAUUAUUCUACUCGCCUGUUAUUAGUAUUGUUCUCUCAGGUCUCAACUGCAGAGUGUACAUUUGUAAAUAGUAUUUUAAGUUCGUCUGAGUAUUUCUAUUUUUCGUACCUUGUUUCCUGGAGCCGAGGCCUCUACUGCUCCACCUGUACUUGUACAUUGACAAUAAAGACGUCUGUCUUCA